AUGGAACGAGACACCCUUAUAAACCGUUGGGACCGUCAACCCAACGGCCUCCUGGGCGCGCGGUGCAAUCUGAGACUAUCGAAUAUAGCGGAACAGCCGAGAACCUGCAGUUGUAUGGCUAAGGACAAGACUCCCCUACCGCCGCCACCACUGCAGCUGCUGCAGACGAAAGGGAAAAAGCGUCCUGCUCUGGCUGGCACGAAAAAGGGCGAGCGUGGCCGCAAGAAGAUACGUUUCGAGGGAGGACAAACAAGGGAAUUUCGAGCAGAACUUGAAGAACUCGCCAACUGCGAGGUCACAGAACGCAUCGCACAGCCCAAACCCAGCAUGCCAGUGUCCGUGUCCUCGAAUGUGCUCCGCAGUGACUGCAUUACCGACGACGUUUCUCUGGCAGUUGCCGGCGCUGAUAUCGUCCAGAAUGGAUAUUACUUUAAGUAUAUGGCGCCGUAUACCUCCAUUGUCGGCCAAAUCAGGAUUAUCAAGAGCUUCCAAAUGCAACAGACGGAAGAAGAUUCGCCUGUAGAACAGUCUACAGACGAUGAUAUCUAUCAUCGAUGA